AAGAUCAUUUGGCUCUCCGGCGAGUCGGGGUCUGCAAAGUCGCCGGUAGCGUACACUCUCGCGGAGGGAUUUCACAGCAAUGGCACGCUCGCAGCCUCCUUUUUCUUCUCCCGAAGACAUCCAGUUCGUAGCACCACCGAACGCGUCAUCCCUACCAUCUCCUAUCAGCUCGGCCUUCGUCACUGGCGUGCCAAGGAAGCCAUCUCCGACGUGAUCGCUGAAGAUCCAAGCCUCCUAAGGCCGGAACGAUCGCGUUACGAGCAGUUCACUCGUCUUAUCCUCGAGCCAUUGAAACGGCUAAAGAACGUUUGGAAGGAUGCUAAAAGCUCGAUGGUUAUGUUCCUAGAGGCCUUGGACGAGUGCGAGCCAGGAGAAAGCAACGAGCGC